UUACUUUUUUCAUGUCCAGAUCCUAUGAAUCGAUUGAUUCUUCUACGAAAGAAAGAAAGAAAGAAAGAAGGGAGAGAUCAUAUUAUUUCAAGGGUUUUUCUUCUUAUUAGAGCAAAUCGCAUAGCAAUGCUUCUUCCUCAUCGGUAAAUGUUCAAAUAACCCUUUCUGAUCUGGUCCAUUUAGCUGCUGAAUUUUCUCUGAAAUUUCAGCUUCCCAUAUGGAUUCGAUCUAUUCUACUCUCUUUAACUCGACCCAUUGCGUAAUCAAUUCACACAACAACAUCAACAUCUUCAUCGGGUCUUCAUGAUUAACUUUUUUUCUCCUCGAAGCUGGCAAUCGUAGAAAUAGCCUUAAUAAACUCUUAUUAGCACUAUAAUACUCCUCGAGGAAAGUUUUGAUUUUUACAUGGCAGCCCCGAGGAAUUUGGUAAUUGAGGUUGGCCGUCCUAAAGACGAUAAGAAAGAAGAGGACUCUCCUAUGAACAAGAAACAGAUUGCUGUAAAACUCGAGGGAAGACUCUUAUUAAGCAAAUGGCAAUUAGCUGCCGCUUUGGCUGUUUUCUUUAUCUUCUCCAUUGCUCUUUUCUACAUUUAUUUCACAAUGCCAGCCGCUGACUAUGGCAAAAUUAAGCUUCCCCGCACAAUUUCUGAUCUCCGGGCACUCAAAGAUCACUUAGCAACAUAUGCAGGAGCUUACCCUACAAGAUUUGUUAUUGGUUACUGCUCAACUUACAUAUUCAUGCAGACAUUUAUGAUUCCUGGAACCAUAUUCAUGUCAUUGCUUGCUGGAGCUCUUUUUGGAGUUGUGAGAGGUCUUUUUCUAGUUGUAUUUAAUGCCACAGCUGGAGCAUCAUCUUGUUAUUUCUUGUCAAAGCUUCUAGGAAAGCCUAUUGUUAGCUGGUUGUGGCCUGAUAAGUUGAAAUUUUUCCAGAUAGAGAUUGCAAAGCGUAGGGAGAAGUUGCUGAAUUACAUGCUUUUUCUCAGGAUAACACCGACUUUGCCCAAUCUAUUCAUCAAUUUGGCAUCUCCAAUUGUGGAUAUACCUUUUCAUAUCUUCUUUUUUGCGACAGUGAUUGGUCUUAUACCAGCAUCAUUUAUUACAGUCAAGGCUGGCCUUGCACUGGGAGAGCUGAAGUCAGUUAAAGAUCUGUAUGAUUUCAAGACAUUGUCGGUACUUUUUCUCAUCGGAUCUAUCAUUAUCUUGCCCACCAUUCUGAAAAGAAAGAAAAUCUACGAGUGAGAAGAUCUACGAGUGAGUGAUUGCUUUAAUAGAUUGUGAAACCGAGAAGAUGCAUAGUUCUUUAGUAAGUAAGUCUGGACAUCAAUAUGUUUCUUUAUGUAUUUUAGUAUGUUCUCAAUAGGUGGUUUAUGCUUAUAACUGGAAGUUACAGUAUCCAUAACAUACAUGUUGAGGCUUUGGUGUUAGCUGUAGGUAAUAUCUAAAGGUAGAAGUCUGAUUUUUGGCUACCAUUUCUUCCUUUCUGAAUGGUCUUUUGGGUCUGAAAUUUGAAUUUUGUGAACUUGUAUGAUAUAAUAUUAUUUAUUUAAUUUAAACUCUCUUCAUACAAAUUUGAAAUGGACAUAGCCCUAAUUUACUGUUUC